CUGCGCGCCAGGGCGCCGCAGCGCGUUGGGCCGCCCCCAGCCCCGCAGGCCGCAGGGCUGGCAGCUGGGCAAGUGCCGUUCGAGUUGAGCGGGCGGGCGCGGGAGAGCUCCGUGUCGCCUCGCGUCACCCCGCCCCGCCUCCCGCCUGCUUCCCAGGGCCCCGCGCCCCGCCCCGCGCGCAGGCGCAAGACCGCUUUUCGGGUCCGCCCUUCUCAGGAUUUGAAUUUCCCCUAGCCAAGCGAGAGAGACAAAAUACCCGGAUGGUGAUCGCUGGCCUUUUCGCGCCAAUACUGUGAGUUCUCACUGCAACCUUGAGAGAGGAAAAAGGCAGGACGGUCUUCUGCUCAUGCCAGCCAAUCAGCAGAACCCCCGCCUUCCUCUGGCCUGCCACUGCCACUCCAGGGCAAGGUCACAGCAUCUGCAUCGGAAGUCACCGGAAAUCACAGGACUUCUUCCUGUUGGCUCAGCUGGGAGGCCAAGGAGCGUUUUGCAAAAACUGUUUGUCUGAAUUUUGAAAUAACUGCGAAGGCUGCCACUCUUUUAAGCUCUUUGCCCCAGGUCACAACUAGGGUUCCAGAUGAAGCCCCAGUCAAGGCAGGCUCUCUGCCACGUGGCUGUGGCCAGCUGCCUCUGUAUGGGCACUGUCUACAUGGGCAUUUUUGAAAGUGUUGCUGUGCAAGUGGGCUAUGAGCACUACGCGGAAGCCCCAGUAGCCAGCUUCCCUGCCUUCCUGGCCAUGCCCUUCAAUUCACUCAUUAACUUGGCCUAUGUGCUCCUAGGAGUAUACUGGCUCCGGAGAAAUGUCGACACCAUAGGGCACCCCGAUGAGGUGAGGCAUGUUUGUUACCUGAAGGAUGUCUUUGCAGGCAUGGCCCUGAUCUACGGCCCCGUGCAGUGGCUGCGGAUUGGGCUGCAGACGCACCCCACUGCUGUGCUGGACCAGUGGUUCACCUUGCCCAUCUUUGCAUGGCCAGUGGCCUGGUGCCUCUACCUGGAGAGGGGCUGGGAGCCCCGCUUGCUCCUUGCCAUCGAGUGCCUCUCACUGUUCAGUUAUGGCCUUGCCCUGCUGCACCCCCGCGGGUUUGAGGUUGCGCUGGGUGCGCACAUCGCUGUCACCGUGGGUCAGGCGCUGCGUGUCCACAGGUGCUACGGCAGCAACUGCUCAGGAGUGUACUUGGUUCUGGGAGUGCUCUCCUGCCUGGGCUUUGUGGUCCUCAAGCUGUGUGACCAUCAGCUGGUGCAGUGGCAUCUCUUCCAGCGGCUCACAGGCCACUUCUGGUCCAAAGUCUGUGAUGUGCUUCAGUUCCACUUCGCAUUCUUAUUUCUGACAAAUUUUAACACUUGCCAGAGACUCCCUCCUGAGGGGAAGAUGCAGUAAAGUGUGGAAAGACCUUAUAGCUGCUCAC